AUAUUAUUGCGUACUUGGGCUAUUCCGCAGGUUCCCUCGUUUGAUCUUCCUCGACCCGCCCAGUGAGAUCUCCUUACGACUUCUUUCACUACAUCAAGGCAAUUUUCCUUUUUCGACAUCCUUCAUUAAUUGAGUAGCAAACAUGGUGGUCAAAUCUGAACAUACAAUUGACAUCCCUCAACAGAGCUUCCCUACCCUCCUUUUCGGCUCUCCAGAAGACGUCCUCCCUAAUGACAAGCCAUAUUUCCUCGACCAUGUCAAACCAGAAACGCACUAUCUUACUCGCCACACCUUUCGACUAUGGAGCCAAUGCUUCGCAGCUGGUCUGCAAAAAGCUGGUCUCAACAAAGGCGACAGGGUUGUCGUAUUCAGUACAAAUAAUCUUUUCUAUCCCGUUGUGUUUAUGGGCGUGAUAAUGGCUGGUGGCAUAUUCAGCGGCUGUAACGCAAGUUAUACAACGCAGGAAUUGGCGCAUCAGAUCAAAGAUGCAGAUCCAAAAUAUGUGCUGAGUCAAGGCGGUGAUGCGAUGAAGACAUGCCUGGAGGCAGCGAAGAGAGUAGGGAAAGGCCAUGAAAAGCGAACAUUUAUGUUUGACAGUCGAUACUUUGCACUUGGGCAACCUUUAAAGGUGCAGCAGGAGGACCAAGACUUUGGCCGCCCUCAUUGGAGCUCAUUGAUUGUAUCUGAAGCAGAAGGUGGAGGUUUUGCAUGGGAUCAAUUGAUGGGUCCCAACGAAGCUCAAGAUACGGUAAUGGCAUUGAACUACUCCUCAGGCACGACAGGUCUUAGCAAAGGCGUCGAAAUAACUCACGGCAAUUAUGUCGCCAACAUCCUGCAAUACAACAACUCCAUGUGCCAAGAUAUGGAAUACGAAUUGAAAUAUCGAAGUCAAGAACAAUGGCUCUGUUUUCUUCCAUUAUACCAUGCCAUGGCGCAAAUGAUAUUCCUGGGCGUGUCUCAAUACCGUCGCACACCGGUGUAUAUCAUGGAAAAGUUCGAUUUUCUGACUGUUUUGAAGAAUGUUGAAAAGUAUCGGAUUUCGCACUUGCAGCUCGUCCCGCCUGUUGUGGUCAUGCUGGCUAAGAGUUCGGAGGUGAAGAAGUUCGAUCUUAGCUCUGUGCGAAGCGUCGGAUCUGGAGCUGCGCCGUUGAGCAGGGAGGUAUCUGAGGAAGUUGAGAAGUUGUGGCCAAAGGGGGUAAUUAAUAUCCAUCAAGGAUGGGGGAUGACCGAAGCAACAUGCUCAGUACUCGGCUGGGACGCAGGUAAAAUCAGCACCAGCAACAGUGUAGGCUGGCCUACUGCAAACUCGGAAGCAAAAAUCAUGUCCCUACCCGAUGAACAUUCCGCCGGGCCUACCGCGUCAGAGGCCAAAGAAGUAGGACCGAAUGAAGCCGGCGAACUCUGGGUGCGAGGCCCUCAGAUUAUGAAGGGAUACUGGAAAAACCCCAAAGCAACUGCCGAAAUAUUGACACCAGACAGAUGGCUACGUACGGGCGACAUUGGUUAUUACGACAACGAGAACAAGUUCUUUAUCAGUGGACGGUUGAAAGAACUCAUCAAAGUAAAAGGUAUGCAGGUGGCGCCUGCAGAAUUAGACGGGGUCUGUCUCGAGUCUGAAGGCGUCGCCGACGCAGCUGUCGUGGGCGUUACAAUUAAUGGACAAGAACAUCCUCGUGCAUAUAUUGUGCUGAAGGAUGGUGUUGAAGCUUCAAAGUCGACGGCGGAGCGGAUCACUACAGAAGUAAAUUCGAAGCUGUCGCAGCAUAAGAGGAUUACUGGCGGUCUGGUGUUUGUAAGCGUAUUACCAAAGAAUCCUAGUGGGAAGAUAUUGAGACGGUUCUUGAGAGAGCGAGCUCAAAAGGAGGUACAGAGGGAACAAGGAAAGAUCAGGGCGUCGCUUUAG